AUGCCGUUCGCUCAGCUGGUGAUAGGCCCGCCAGGCUCUGGCAAGUCGACGUACUGCGAUGGCAUGCAGCAGUUCAUGGGCGCUAUCGAGCGCAAAUGCUCGGUCGUCAAUCUCGACCCCGCCAACGAUCACUGCUCAUAUGAGCCCGCAGUAGACGUGCGAGACUUGGUCACAAUAGACGAAAUCAUGGAGCAGGAAUCGCUUGGACCAAACGGUGGCAUUCUUUAUGCUUUGGAGGAGCUGGAACACAACUUCGACUGGCUGGAAGAAGGGUUGAAGGAGCUCGGAGAUGACUAUAUUCUGUUCGAUUGCCCUGGGCAAGUCGAGCUCUUCACGUCGCACGCAUCGCUGCGCAACAUCUUCUUUCGCCUCCAAAAACUUGGGUAUCGACUUGUCGUCGUACACCUGACCGACUCCAUCAUUCUCUCGCGCCCGUCGCUAUAUGUCUCAUCGUUGCUCCUCGCCCUGCGCAGCAUGCUGCAGAUGGACCUCCCCCACCUGAACGUGCUCACGAAGAUCGACAACCUGCAAAAUUACCCAAACCUGCCCUUCAAUCUCGACUUCUAUACCGAAGUGCAAGACCUGCACUACCUCCUGCCACACCUGAACCGUGAACAAACCUCCGGUAUACCAGGGCCUACAUCGGUUGGCGCGCAUAAUGUGGACAUGGACGACGGCGACGAGCCAACGUCGAAGUUUUCGGCGUUGAACAAAGCGAUCGUUGAGCUCGUCGAGGACUUUGCGCUCGUAGGCUUUGAAACACUGGCAGUAGAAGACAAGAAGAGCAUGAUGACACUGCUGCGGGCCAUAGACCGUGCAGGUGGCUAUGCGCUCGGUGGCAUCGAAGGCGCAAACGAGACGGUGUGGUCAAUGGCUAUGCAGCAAGACGCUGUCACAAUGGAUGCGCGCGAUGUGCAAGAGAGGUGGCUGGAACGAAGGGAUGAGCUGGACGAGGAAGAGAGGAAAGCUUGGGAAAACGAGACGAAAGAGAUGCGAGAUCGACCAGAAGCAGAGUUACCUCCUGCACCGGUCGCGCCGCCAGAGCCCAAGGCGAAGAAGGCAGAUGAGGAGGACGACGAGAUGGACGAUUUGGAGGAGAUGAGGCAGUUUAUGGAGAAGCAGAAGAAGGAUGGCGGCAUCAACAUCGUUAAGAAGUGA